UAAAACGGGAGGAAAAGAACAUGAGAGAUAAACAAGCCUGGGUUCCUUCCAGAGACUAGGACAUUUGUUAUGCGGACGGACUUUUAAUUUGGCUGGAGCUGAAGACAUUUUGCGAGCUGCGUUACAGAAAACAAGAUCACAAAGGAAUAUGUCCAACGGAGCUGCAGGAAGCGGAGGGGGUCUGGCAUGGCUGGAGGCUGCGAAUGGCAGAGGUGAAGGCGGCAAGAUGGAAGGAGCCAAGAAGGACAAGGCCGGCUCCAAGAUGUCCGUGGAGCGAGUGUACCAGAAGAAGACCCAGCUCGAGCACAUUCUUCUCCGUCCGGACACGUACAUCGGCAGCGUGGAGCCCAUCACCCAGCAAAUGUGGGUUUUUGAUGAAGAAAUUGGGAUGAACCAGAGGGAGAUCACCUACGUCCCUGGACUCUACAAAAUCUUUGAUGAAAUUCUCGUCAAUGCAGCAGACAACAAACAAAGAGACAAGAACAUGACCGGCAUAAAGAUCACCAUUGAUCCUGACUCCAAUACCAUUACUAUCUGGAACAACGGCAAAGGAAUUCCUGUGGUGGAGCACAAGGACGAGAAGAUGUACGUCCCAGCUCUCAUUUUCGGUCACCUGCUGACCUCCAGCAACUACGACGACGAUCAGAAGAAAGUCACAGGUGGAAGGAAUGGGUACGGUGCUAAACUCUGCAACAUCUUCAGUACCAAGUUCACAGUGGAAACUGCCUGCAAGGAAUACAGACACAGCUUCAAACAGACGUGGCAGAACAACAUGAGCAAGACCGCUGAGCCGAAGAUCAAGUUCUUCGAUGGGGAGGAUUUCACCUGCGUGACGUUCCAGCCUGACCUGUCCAAGUUCAAGAUGGAGAAACUGGACAAAGAUAUUGUAGCGCUUCUUACCCGCAGAGCUUACGAUGUAGCCGGCUCCUGCAAGGGGGUCAAAGUCACGUUCAACGGGAAAAAAUUGCCUAUUACCGGCUUCCGCAGCUAUGUGGAUCUGUAUGUGAAGGACAAAGUGGACGAAACGGGUGUGACCCUGAAGGUGGUGAACGAGACUGUGAACGAUCGGUGGGAGGUCUGCCUCACCAUGAGCGAGAAAGGAUUCCAGCAAACCAGCUUUGUGAACAGCAUUGCCACAACCAAGGGUGGCCGACACGUUGAUUAUGUAGUGGACCAGAUCGUUUCCAAACUUAUUGAAGUGGUGAAGAAGAAGAACAAGGCAGGAGUGUCUGUCAAACCCUUCCAGGUGAAGAACCACAUCUGGGUGUUUGUGAACGCUCUGAUCGAGAAUCCCUCCUUCGACUCCCAGACCAAGGAGAACAUGACGCUCCAGACGAAGAGCUUCGGGUCAAAGUGCCUUCUGUCGGACAAGUUUGUCAGGGCUGCAACCAACUGCGGCAUCGUCGAGAGUAUCCUCAACUGGGUGAAGUUCAAAGCUCAGACGCAGCUGAAUAAGAAGUGCUCGUCCGUGAAGUACAGCAAGAUCAAAGGCAUCCCCAAGCUAGACGACGCCAACGAUGCUGGUGGCAAACACUCGUCUGAAUGCACACUGAUCCUCACUGAGGGAGACUCGGCCAAGUCUCUGGCCGUCUCUGGACUGGGAGUCAUCGGGCGCGAUCGCUACGGAGUGUUUCCACUGAGAGGAAAGAUCCUAAAUGUGCGAGAAGCAACACACAAACAGAUCAUGGAAAACGCCGAAAUCAACAACAUCAUCAAAAUCGUGGGCCUUCAGUACAAGAAGAGCUACGAAGACCCAGAGUCCCUGAGGAGCCUGCGUUACGGCAAGAUCAUGAUCAUGACCGAUCAGGAUCAAGAUGGCUCCCAUAUCAAAGGUCUGCUCAUCAACUUCUUCCACCACAACUGGCCGUCCCUGCUGAAGCACACAUUCCUGGAGGAGUUCAUCACACCUAUCGUCAAAGUUAACAAGAACAAGCAGGAGAUGGCCUUCUACAGCAUCCCAGAGUUCGAUGAGUGGAAGAAACAGACAGAGAAUUAUAAAACAUGGCAUAUAAAGUACUACAAAGGUUUGGGUACAAGUACAAGCAAAGAGGCAAAGGAAUACUUUGCUGACAUGGAGAAGCAUCGCAUCACAUUCCGAUACGGCGGAGCAGAGGACGACGCCGCCAUCACUCUGGCCUUCAGUAAGAAAAAGACGGACGACAGGAAGGAGUGGCUGACCAACUUCAUGGAGGACAGACGCCAGAGGAGGAUGCACGGCCUGCCAGAGCAAUAUCUGUACGGGACUCAGGCCAGGCAUCUGUCCUACAACGACUUCAUUAACAAAGAGCUGAUUCUGUUCUCCAACUCUGACAACGAGCGAUCCAUCCCCUCCCUGGUUGACGGUUUGAAGCCGGGCCAGAGGAAGGUGAUUUUCACCUGCAUGAAGAGGAAUGACAAGAGGGAAGUGAAGGUAGCACAGCUGGCCGGUUCAGUGGCAGAGAUGUCUGCAUACCAUCACGGAGAGACAGCUCUCAUGCAAACCAUCGUGAACUUGGCUCAGAACUUUGUGGGCAGUAACAACGUGAACGUCCUGCAGCCUCUGGGUCAGUUUGGUACUCGCAUCAACGGUGGCAAAGACGCUGCCAGCCCUCGUUACAUCUUCACUAUGCUCAGUCCUCUCGCCAAGCUCUUGUUCCCUGCGGUGGAUUCAAACCUGCUCAAGUUCCUGUUUGACGACAACCAGAAGGUGGAGCCCGAGUGGUACAUUCCCAUCAUCCCAAUGGUGCUGGUGAACGGAGCCGAGGGCAUCGGCACAGGAUGGGCGUGUAAGAUCCCCAACUACGACACCCGAGAGAUCGUCAACAACAUCAACCGCCUGCUUAACCACCAGGACCCCCUGCCAAUGCUUCCUAGCUACAAAGGCUUCAAAGGGUUGCUCCAUGAACUGGGUCAGAACCAGUUUCUGGUGAGUGGAGAGGUGUCAGUCAUCGACAGGAACACCAUCGAGAUCACAGAGCUUCCUGUUCGGACAUGGACACAGUCUUAUAAAGAGUCUGUGCUGGAGCCCAUGCUGCAGGGCACUGACAAAACACCAGCUCUAAUCAACGAUUAUAAGGAGUACCACACCGACACCACAGUCAAGUUUGUGGUGCGCAUGUCUGAAGAGAAACUGGUGCAGGCCGAGGCAGCUGGACUCCACAAAGUCUUCAAGCUGCAGUCCAGCCUGACCUGCAACUCCAUGGUGCUGUUUGACCACAUGGGUUGUCUGAAGAGGUACGAUUCAGUCCAGGACAUCCUCAAGGAGUUCUUCGAGCUCCGUCUGCACUACUACAAACUGAGGAAGGACUGGUCGCUGGGCAGCCUGGGAGCCGAGGCCUCCAAACUGUCCAACCAGGCCCGCUUUGUACUGGAGAAGAUCGAAGGGAAAAUCUCAAUCGAAAACAAAUCCAAGCGUGAGCUGAUCCGUAUGCUGGUCACAAAGGGUUUCGAGUCUGAUCCAGUUGCUGCCUGGUCCAAGUCUCAGGAGAAGUCUCAGGAAGAAGAUUUCCGCGACGCUGAUGACAGUGACAGCUCGAUCGACUCCGGCUCCUCAUCAGGACCCAACUUCAACUACAUCCUCAACAUGCCUCUGUGGUGCCUGACUAAAGAGAGGGUGGACGAACUGCUCAAACAGAGGGACGGAAAGAGAGGAGAGCUUCAAGAGCUGCAAAGAAAAAGUCCAGAGGAUCUGUGGAAGGAAGACUUGGCAGUGUUCGUCGAGGAGCUGGAGAAACUGGAGGCCCAGGAGCGAGAGGACCAGGUUUUAGGAAAGGCCGUCAAACUGGUGAAAGGGAAGGUGGGCAAACCUAAAGCGAAGAAGCUGAACCUGGAGGAGACCCAGCCCUCACCGUUUGGUCGCAGGGUGGAGCCCCCGACUCAGGCGAUCAAAUCUGACGCAGCUAAGAAACUGUCAAGAAAGAAAAAGAGCGACGCUGCAGACGCUGCAGUGAAGUUAGAGUUCGAUGAUGAUGUCAUUGGUUUGGGCGGUGAAGGAGCGCCGGCAGAAAUCCCUGUGGUCAAGCCAAAAGCUACACGUGUGAGGAAGGAGAAGAAAGAACCUGGAACUCCCAGAGUCAGAAAACCUCCAGGACCCAAAGGUUCUUCUUCUGCAAAGAAGGUGAAGAAGAGAAACCCCUGGUCUGAAGACGAGUCCAAGUCAGACAGCGAGCUGGAGGAGGCUGAUCCCGUCGUCAUCCCCCGAGAGAUCAUCUCCAAGAGGCAAUCGGCUUCCAAACCCAAAUACACGUUUGACUUCUCGGAGGAGGAGGCAGACGAAGAGGAGAACGGGGAGGACUAUGUGCCUUCUUCUCCUGUGAGGUCUUUCAAAGACGACUUCACUUCCUCUGCGACGAAGGAGAGCUUCAACAACGACGACGACGACGAUGAUGAAGACUGCUUCUCUCCCUCCAAACAAAAGACCACGUCCACACCUGCAGCUCAAAAGAAAGAGACAACCAGCUUCUUCUCGACCAAAUCGACCUUCUCUGAAAAGAGCAAUGACAGCGAUGGAUCGAAGUCAGAGAGCGAGGAGGACCGGGGCAUCUUUUCCACUUAUUCCUCUUUCAGCAAACUAACGCCAGAAAUGAAAGCAUCAGCUAAGAAAACCUCUGUUACAACCCCCAAACCCAAGAAAUCACCAGCACCAAAAGCGAAGAAACCAGAUAAGUCCAUCUGGGACUCCGACUCUGACACCGGGUCCAAGAAGCCAUCACCAGCUCUUAAAGGUAAAGGUCGGGGGAGGAAGAGGAAGGGCUCCGGUUCUGAAGAGGAAUUCAGUCCAAUGAAGAAAACUCCAAGAUCAGCGGCCAGAAAACCGCAGAAAGCUCCCUCCGAUUUUGAAGACGACGACAGCCUGAGUGUGAUGAACACUUCGUCCCGUGCCGGCCGAGCCAAGAAGGAGGUGAAAUACUUUGUGGAGUCCGACCACGAGCAUGCCAACAUCGACGAUGACGACAUGUUCGAUUAAAGCAACCUUUGAUCACACUCCCAACACACUCCUUCUCCCUCUGUUUUCCCUCAGACUUUUGUACAUUUCCUGUUUCCUUUUAUUUGCAUUAAUGGUGUCGUCAAUGAUUUCUAAUGUGUAGGUGUUUUACACUUUUUAUUAUACAUAUACAGGUUUCUUUUUUUAUGCUCAUUGAAAUGUUCUGUAUUUGUCCGAAAGCGGCUUUUAGAAGUUUAGAACGCUGUGCUUUAGCACAUUUUAAUUGUUAAAAUAAUGCGAAACUUUUUGAACAUGAAGUUGAAAGUAAACAAUGAAAUGAC